UAAAAGCUGGAGGCCACUUGAGAGCUGAAUGGCCUUGAAAAACCUCUCCCGGCCUCUCUCUGCAGUCCAUUCAGGUCCUGGGACUGGAAAGACCUUUGGAGGCCCAGAGACCAGCAGGCCCCUCGUGGAUCUGUGCCGGAGAACGGAGCGAAAAUGGAUGCAGCCCAGCCAGCGUGCAAGGGAGUGGGAACAGGCCCUGCCGCUGCUCAGCCUGGGAGCGGUGGGGAGGGCUGGGCAGGACGUGGGCAGAGGAUCCGGGAGGAGGAAGCCCUCAGUUCCGAGAUGCAGCAUUGGCACUUCAGGAAUAGUCCCCUUCAGGAGGCCGAGGGGCCGCGCGAGCUCUGCAGCCGCCUCCACCGCCUUUGCUGGGGGUGGUUGCAGCCAGAGAAACACACCAAGGCUCAGAUGUUAGACCGGGUGAUCUUGGAGCAGUUCCUGGCCGUCCUGCCCAGGGAGAUGGAGCGCUGGGUGCGGGAGUGCCGAGCGGAGACCAGCUCCCAGGCGGUGGCCCUGGCGGAAGGCUUCCUCCUGAGCCGGGCGGCAGAGAAGGAGCAGGAAGGACGCCAGGUUCCAUGGCCCUUCCUGGAGGUGGGCACUAAUUGUCCUGAGGAAAGGGUGGAUCCUGCAAAUCCCUCUCAGGAGCCAUGUUUCCGAGGGAUCUCCAAGGAGGAAGCUCCAUAUCUGGUGACAACAAGCUUGCUUCCAUCCCAUCUCUCCUUCCCAGGGAACAAAAUGGAGUCACCAUUAUUCAUUGGAUCAUCUCCUUGUACUGGUGGUGCUGAAAGAGCAGCUGGACCUCCAGCUCAGGGAUCCUUCCUCGUUCAGGUUCCUGUGUCCUUUGAGGAGGUGGCCGUCCAUUUCACCAGUGAAGAGUGGUCGCUGCUGGAUCCCAGCCAAAAAGCCCUGCACCGGGAAGUCAUGUUGGAGACGUCUAGGAGCAUGGCCUCUUUAGGUGAGGGUCCCUCUGGGGGAAGAUUAAGUCAGACAGUUGAUGGUCAGGAGAAUGAAAAUUACCAAGAGCCAAGUGUGAGGCCAUCACAGAUAAUCAAAAUUGAAACACCAGAAGAGAUGUCUGCAAAUAAGUGGGGAAGGAGGAGAUGCGAGAAAACCCGACCUUACAAUUGGAGAGGAAAAUCCAUUCUUGAAUCUGGGGAAAUGGACCACUUCCUGACCCAACGUGAUUGCAAGGAAAGCAAUAUGGGAAAGUGUCGAGGAAGGGGGAACAUAUUCCAAGCAAAAUCCAAUUUCAGUAACCACUGCGAAUCUGGGAAGAGCUUCGGCAAUAAUAACCAUGUUACUCCCCAUAAAAUUAUCCAUGUGAGGGAUGACCCCUAUAAAUGUGUGGAGUGUGGAAAGAGCUUCAGGUGGAGUAGUAAUUUUAACUACCAUAAAAGGAUCCAUUCAGGGGAAAAGCCUUAUAAAUGCACAGACUGUGGAAAAAGCUUCAGUAUGAACAGUUCCCUUACUUCUCAUAAAAGGAUUCAUACAGGAGAGAAACCAUAUACGUGCACAGAGUGUGGGAAGAGCUUCAAGUGGCCUGCUACCCUGCUUUAUCAUAAAAAGAACACAGGAGAGAAAACCUAUAAAUGCCUAGCAUGUGGAAAGAGCUUCAGUAUGAACAGUUCCCUUACUUCUCAUGAAAGGAUCCAUACAGGAGAGAAACCCUAUAAAUGCGUAGACUGUGGAAAGAGCUUCAGCAACAGCAAUCACCUGACCUCCCAUAAAAGGAUCCAUUCAGGGGAAAAACCCUAUAAGUGCAUGGAUUGUGGAAAAAGAUUCAGAACAAGCAGUUCCCUAGCAUGCCAUAAAAGGAUCCAUACAUCAGAGAAGCCUUAUCAAUGCACAGACUGUGGGAAGAUGUUCAGUGGGCGUCGCCGCCUGACUUCUCAUAAAAGGAUUCACACAGGAGAGAAACCCUAUAAAUGCCUGGAAUGUGGAAAGAGCUUCAGUUAUAGUGAUUCCCUUAAUUCCCAUAACAGGAUCCACACAGGGGAGAAACCGUAUAAAUGCAUGGAGUGCGGUAAGAGCUUUAGUCACAGCGGUCACCUUACUUGUCAUAAAAGGAUCCAUACGGGAGAGAAACCCUAUCAAUGCCUGGAGUGUGGAAAGAGCUUCAGUAUGAACAGUUCCCUUACUUCCCAUAAAAGGAUCCAUACGGGAGAGAAACCCUAUGAAUGCAUAGAGUGUGGGAAGAGCUUCAGCAACAGCAAUCACCUGACCUCUCAUAAGAGGAUCCAUACAGGGGAAAAACCCUAUAAAUGCACAGAGUGUGGAAAGAGCUUUAGUAGGAACAGUUCCCUUACAUAUCAUAAAAGGAUCCAUACAGGAGAGAAACCCUAUAAAUGCACAGAGUGUGGAAAGAGCUUCAUCUUAAGCAGUGAGCUUGCUUCCCAUAAAAGGAUGCAUUCAGGGGAAAAACCCUAUAAAUGCACAGAGUGUGGAAAGAGCUUUAGUACAAACAGUUCCCUUACGUACCAUAAAAGGAUCCAUACAGGAGAGAAACCCUAUAAAUGCACAGAGUGUGGAAAGAGCUUCAGAAUGAGCAGUUCCCUAGCAUGCCAUAAAAGGAUCCACUCAGGAUUGAAACCUUAUUUAUGCAAUGAAUGUGGGAAGAGUUUUAGUACAAGCAGCUCCCUUACUAAUCACAUUAGUAUCCACACAGGGAAGAAACUAUAUCAGUGCUUGGAGUGUGGGAAGAGCUUCAGUUCGAACAGUUCGCUUACUUACCAUGAAAAGAUCCAUACAGGAGAGAAACCCUAUCAAUGCAUAGACUGUGGGAAGAGCUUUAUCCAAAGCAGUGACCUUACUUCACAUAAAAGGAUGCAUACAGGGGAAAAACCCUAUAAAUGCAUAGACUGUGGAAAAAGCUUCAGUUCGAACAGUUCUGUUACGUAUCAUAAAAGGAUCCAUACAGGAGAGAAACCCUAUCAAUGCAUAGAGUGUGGGAAGAGCUUCAGCAAAAGUAGUGUCCUUACUUCCCACAAAAGGAUGCAUACAGGGGAAAAACCCUAUAAAUGCACCGACUGUGGAAAAAGCUUCAGUUUGAACAGUUCCCUUACUUCCCAUAAAAGGAUCCAUACGGGAGAGAAACCCUUUAAAUGCAUAGAAUGUGGGAAGAGCUUCAGCAAAAGCUGUUACCUGACUUCCCAUAAACGGGUUCACACAGGAGAGAAACCCUAUCAGUGCCUCGAGUGUGGAAAGAGCUUUAGCAAGAGCAGUGUCCUUACUUCCCAUAAAAGGAUCCAUACAGGGGAAAAACCUUAUAAAUGCACAGACUGUGGAAAGACCUUUAAUGGGCAUGGCCACCUGACUUCUCAUAAAAGGAUUCACACAGGAGAGAAACCCUAUAAAUGCUUGGAGUGUGGAAAGAGCUUCAGUCAUAGUGGUUCCCUUACUUCCCAUAAAAGGAUCCACACGGGGGAGAAACCAUAUAAAUGUAUGGAUUGUGGAAAGACCUUCAGUAGAAGCAGUUCCCUUACUUGCCAUAGAAGGAUCCACUCAGGGUUGAAACCUUAUAUGUGCAAUCAAUGUGGGAAGAGUUUUAGUACAAGCAGCUCCCUUACUUAUCACGUUAGUAUCCACACAGGGGAGAAGGUAUAUCAGUGCACAGAGUGUGGCAAGCGCUUCAGGUUGAAAAGUCACCUAACUUCCCAUAAAAGAAUCCACACAGGGAAGAAACCAUAUAAAUGCAUAGCAUGUGGAAAGAGUUUUUGUGAAAACAGGACCCUUACUUCUCAUGAAAGAAUCCACAAAGGGGAGAAAAAAUAUGCAUGCAUGGUGUGUGGAAAGAACUUCAGGUGGAGCAAUCAACUUAUGUCCCAUAAAAGGACCCACACUGGGGAGAUGCCCUUUGGGACUGAAAUGUCCUUGAUUCCUGUAAAAGGAUCCACUGUGAUAUGAAAUCAUAUAAUGGCAUGGGAUGCAAACAGAGUGUUAGUCAAGAAUUGUGAACUCAUUCAUCUUAAAAGGCUUCAUGUGUAGGACUUCAUACUUGCAGGACCACCUCUCCCUGAGGAUAUCUGUCCCACCUGAGCAAAUAGGGUGGGCACGCUCCGGGCCCCCUCCCUUAAAUAUUGUCAUCUUGUGGGUCCUCAGAAGCUGCCUUUUCACCCUUGCCCCCGAGAUCUGACCGGCCCCCACCCUUCUUCCAGAGAGCACUUAAAACCUGGCUCUUCCCCCAGGUGUUGGGAUAGGGUGAGGCAAGGGUGGGAUGACAAUGUGGGUGCAUUAGAGAAGUGUGGCUGUGGUGACAGGUUUUUCUGUUUUUGUUGCUGUUGGCUUUUAUAUUGUUUUAUACUGUUUUAUUGGUUGUAAGCCACCCAGAGUUGUUUUAAGUUGGGUGGCUAUAUAAAUGUUUUAAAUAAACAAACAA